AUGGCGGAUGUAGCAAACGACUUAACCGCCGGAACAAUAGGAGGGGCGGCACAGUUGAUAGUUGGACACCCUUUUGAUACCAUCAAGGUCAAACUUCAAAGUCAACCCGUCCCUCCACUGGGUCAGCUCCCUAGAUAUUCUGGUGCAAUAGAUGCCGUUAAACAAACAAUAGCAGCAGAAGGUCCACGGGGUCUAUACAAAGGCAUGGGUGCCCCUCUUGCCACUGUGGCAGCUCUAAAUGCUGUUCUGUUUACAGUUAGAGGGCAAAUGGAAGCACUUUUGAGGUCUGAGCCCGGUGCACCCUUAACCGUGAACCAGCAGGUGUUUGCUGGAGCCGGUGCUGGAGUUGCUGUUGCCAUUUUGGCCACCCCAACUGAGUUAGUCAAGUGCAGGAGUUUCGAUUGA